AUAAUAAAAUAACACAGCAUGCCUGGCGCAAUUUAAAAACAUAUUUCUGUUUAUUACAAUAUUACUAAAUUAAUUUUGUUUUUAAGUAUUUUAUGUUUUGACGUUUUACAAUAAAAGUGUAACAUAUUAAUAAUAAUUGCUUCGCAUCGAACGUAUAAAAAAUUAUUUUUUUGAAUCUAUAAAUGAAUCCUUGAGUUUUAAUACCAAUCUAGUAAUAUACUUACAUAGUUUUAGAUAAGGUUUACUAAAAGAAGUUACAAUGGAUUGGAUGUAUAAUGAUGGUGGACAAGUACAAAAAGAAGACUAUCUUUUGGGGAAAAAAGUUGACAAAAAAUUAAUUGCAAAUGCAGAUAACGGUAAUUCUAUUAAAUACUUGUAUAUAUUAUAUAGACCCCCUAAUAAUUGCUAUAUUAUUUUUAGGGUAAGUAAUAAUUAAUAUUUCUUUUCACUUGUAUAUAGUUAAACAUUUUAAAAUUAGUUAAUGAAAUAUACUAUAGAGUACAAUUAAUUUUUAAAUAUGACUGAUUUAAAAACCAUCUAUAAUUUCGUAAACAUCUUUAUAAUAUAUAUAUAUAUAUAUAAUUAUAUGUAUUUUAUUUUAUAUAUAUUAUAUAUGUAUAUUAGUAAUAAAAAUAUAUAAUUAACUGCUAUUUAAUAUUUUCUUGUGUUAUUGUGUAAUAUAUACCUAUUUUACAUCAAAUUUAAAUUUCGAUAUAGCAAUAUCAUGAUAUAAUAAUAGGAAUAUAGCAAUGAUAUUAGUAAUUAAAUAUUUUAUGUUGUUGGCCAACAUAAGAUAAUAUUUUCUUAAAUGAAAAAAAGAACAAAUUAGAUUAGAAAUAGAUUUAAUAAAUUUUAAAAAUCAUUUAAUAAUUGAAAAAAUGUAUUUAAACAUUAGUUGUAUCAUUAUAAUUUAUUACAUGUUAUAAGUAUAUUAUUGUGUGAAAUUUCAAAUAAGGCAGUUUAUUACGAAUGCCAUAAAUAUAUUAUAAAAGAAUAUCAGAAUACCUAAUUUUAAAAUAUCAUACAAUUUAAAUUAAUAUUUAUUACUCAUUAGUACAUCUAAAUCAUUUAAAAAACAAUAAUAGACAAAUCUGUUAUUUUUUUUUUAAAAUUAAUUACUAUUACAGUUUUGUAGUUUCACAUCUUCAUUUAUUAACUAUCAAUGUAUUAUUUUGCUUGUUGGAGUUCCUAUUCCUUUUGGAUGUUGUAAAUCAAGGAUAUCCAACCUUUUGUUAAGACUAGACCACAUCAUGUAAGUAGAAGUUGUUGUGGGCCACAUACAUUUUAAUAAUAAUGCAUUUUAUUUAUAAUUACAAGAAAAAAUAUAUUUAAUUAUGAUUAAAAGAAAUCAAUUUUAAAAUAAUUUUAUUGUUAUUUUAGUUACAUUAUAUCUAUCGCGAUCGGAUCCCAAUAAAGAUAAAGCUUUCAUAUAAUAGUAUAUACUAUUAUAUGUAUUAAUAUAAUAUUAAGCAAUAUUUAAAGUUUUUUAAUAUUUUGUAGUUUUAUAUUCUUAAAUUAAAUUGUUCUCAAAAUAUUAUGUAUAAUUAAUUGAUGAUUUGAAAUCUAAGAGUGGGCCAUAUUAAAAUCUACUGUGGGCCACAUGCAACUUUCUAACAGCUGGUUGGACACCCCUGUUCUAAAUCAUAAUAAAUAUUAUUUCUUUGUUGAAUAAUAUAUGAAAUAAUUGAUUUGAUGUUAUACCAAACCAACAAUGCAGAGGCUUUUUAAUCAUGAUAAUCUUUUUGUUUCUUCUAUUAUCAAUACAUUGUAGUUAUUUAAUUCUAUGUAUAAUUUUAGAUUCAAUUUUGCCACCGCAGAUACAAUUCAAAACAUCAGACAACAAUUUUUCUCAAGUAGACAUGACAAAAAAAAUACGAGAAGACCCAUUAGUGAAUAUAAAAAAAAGAGUGCUUGAAAGUACUCAAAAAUUUCGUGAAAAUCCAAUGUGUCUCAAAAAACAACAAAAUAUAAAACCAGAAAAACAAACCAUUGAGGAUCAUCAAUUGGAUAUAAUAUUAGUUAGUCGUUUGAAAUCAUAUGAAAAGGCUGGAUUAGAUCUUGCAAAAAUAUUAUCUAUUACAAAACACAAGAGAAAGAAAGAACAUAAAAUGAAAAAAGAUGAGACUAGUUCUGAUAAUAAUGUAAAGAGUAAUCAUGAAAAAUUAGUCAACCAACAAAAACUACAUAAAAAAAAAUUUGAACAAGAGGGUAGAAGGCAAAAUGAUAAAAAAUCAUUUGAGUAUAGAGAUCAUAGACGAAAUAAAAAUAGGAAUGAAAGACAUAGAUCAGUACAAUAUCGCAGAUCAAACAGUUCUGAUAAAGAAUAUAAAUCUAGAAAUUUAAAAGAUUCAAGAAAUAGGCAUGGAUAUUAUAAAAACAGAAAUAAUCGAAGAAGUAGAUCAAUAAGUCAGCAGAAAAUUAAAAAAGAUAAACACAGAGAUAAGUCUAGUAGUGCAUCUAGUUCAGAUGAUGAGCGAAAAAAAAGAAAUACAUUGAAGGGUCAUCUUAGUCCAGAAUUCAAAUUGGAAAAUGAAAAAGAUGACUACAAAAACAAAACAAAAAACUAUGGAUUAUUCGUAAGAUAUAAAUUUAUUUAAUUCAUUCAAAUACAGUAUUGUAUUUGAAAACAUGAAUAAUGUAUAUUAUACAGAGUGAUCAUUCCUCAAUAUGAUACAUUUCUGUUAUUUUUGGUUGUGUAAUCACUACUCACUUUUGAUUUUCAAAAAGCAUUCUAUAAUAAGAAUUUCAUAAAUAGAGGAAAUCAUAUUAAAAAAAAAAAAAUUAUUGUAAAAACAGUAAAAUUAUAAAAUACAAAUUUUGUUGUUGUAUUGGAAAUCCUAUCUUAUGGCCACAUCAAGGCUAUGGCCCCAAGCCCCUGGAUAUCAUAAUAUUGUGGACCCUUGGCCUUUGCUGGUAGUGCUAUAUAAUCACCAAUAAUUUUUGAAUAUGUUUAUGGGCCCCUAAAAUUGUUUGGCCCCAGGCCCAAAAUCACUUUAACCUGAGCUUGGUUACAACCAUGUUUAAAUUAAUUAAUUUUAAAAUAAAAAUAAAAAUUUAAAGCAGUUUUAAUAUAGGUUACUAUUUGAAAAUCAAAAAUGGGUAAUGUUUUCACCAACUAAUUUAAGACUGACGAAAAUAAUAGAAAUUUAAUAUUUUAGAGUCUCUUGUUUAUUAAAUUAUCUAAAAGAAAAAUUGAACAAAAAGUUAAUACUUUUUGAGAUUAUGAGUAUCCUUUUGAAGUUUGAACACUCUGUAUAAAUACAGAACAAACUACAGGAACUAGUUAAAUAAAAGUGUGGCUAACUCAUUAAAUAUCUGUCAUAUUUAGUACAAAAUAUAAGUAUUUCAAAUAUUACUAAUAUUAAAUAUUUAAAACUUGAAUAUUAUAAAACACACAAAUUUCUAUUUAUUGUGUGUAAAAAUUAGUCUUGCAUUAAAUACGAUGCCGCAGCGACUCAUAAUGAUUUCACUAAUAGAGUUUGUCCGCAUUUAUUGUUUUUGUCUAGUUUCCUCAGUAUAAGCCAUACAAAUAUUUUACUUGAAAUAAAAAAAAAUCUGAUAAAUUGGUAUGUAUUAUAAUUUACAAGUUUUGUAUAAUGAUUUUUGUCAAAUCAAAUCCUAAAUAAUUAAAAUUAUAUUUAUCUAAAGUUAUUUAUUAAAUAUUUUAUAAUAAUUGUGCUAUUAAAACUGUAAAUUGUAAACAUUUAUACCGUAAUUCAGGGUGAUAUUAAUACGUUUUGUCGAUUUUUUAUUGUUCUUUUGGGUAUAGUUUUUUUAAUACUUAUUUUACAGGUGUUAAAAUAAUGUUGCUGCCUUUAGUUCUCUUUUACCAACAUUCCUAAACUUUUUAUUUCCAAUAGUUAUUUUUUUAGAUUCUGAGUGGAGCAAAGAAGUUUGUGGUUUUACAAAGAUGUUUAUUUUCUUUUUUUUUGUUCUGUGAUAGAAAAUCAGAGAUCUUGCUCCAAUUUUUAUGUGUAACAACUUUUCUGAAAGGAAAUCGGUGUGGGGAGGAACUUUAGAGAAGUAAUUUUUGAAUUUUCUCAAGAGUUUUCUCAACAAAUGUGAAAAACCAAAAAAAAAGGAGGAAAAACAGGAUUCAUUUUAAUUUUGAAAUUGGAAUAAUUGGAAUUUUACUACAAAGCAACACUAUCAACUGAACUCCGCUCAAAAUCGUUUUUCAUUGCUUACAGAUGUACAUUAAAUUACUUAUAACAGUAGCUGUAACGGACCCCAUUAUCCUAGGACGUCUUUUUUUUUUGUAAUUUUAUUUUAAAAGUAGCUAUUAAAGUUAUAUAGUAUUUGGGGUGACUUUAAUACCAUUUUUUUUUUUUUUUUUUUAUGUUAAACUAAUGGUAAUUGUAAUAAAAUAUAUCAAUCUUGCUCCAUUUUAAAUUUGGUUAAAUAGUUUUUGAGUUAUGACAUAAAAUAUAUUGUUGAGUUAAAUUGAUAGGAAUAUUUUAUUUGUAAACAAAAAAAAAAAAAAAGAUUUAUAAAAAAAUUUACAUUUACUAUACAUUUUUAUAAAUUUAUAUUAGUUGGUUAAAUUUUAAAAAAUUUUAAACUACUUAAGAAUUAAACACUACUAAUACAGUUUAAAUAGUUACACAAAUUAAAAGUUAAGUCUAGUUUUAAAUAUAGAAUAUUGAUUAUGACAUAGCAGUUAUAUUUUUUAAUAGAUUCCAAAUGGCCAUAGUGUGAAAAAAGAAUUUUCCAGUCCUCCACCUGUUAAAAUUAAAACUGAGGCAAAUGACAUUCAACCCAAAUCACUGCCGCCUGUUAAGAAAAAGAAAUUAACUGAUGAGGAAAUGAACAAAUUAAGAAAUGAAAUGAUGGCAGAUGCUAAAAUUCGGGAUAAAGAACGUUCUUCAAAUGUGAAACGUUAUAGAAAACAUGAUAAAAAGGAAGAGGAAGAACAAAAACCAUACAAUCAAGAAUUUUUAAUGUAAAUUAAAUUAUUUUUUAUAAGUCUUCCUGAUAAUCUUACAUUUUUAAAUAUUUCUAGUAACCAAAUGGCACACGCAGCUUCACAAGUCAGCAUUGAAAGAAGUAUCAAAUCUAAUGCAAAUAAACUACAAAAAGAUAAUAGUAUUGUUGAUUAAUCUUCAAUAUUUGUAUAAUUUGUAAAAUAAUAUUAUAAUAAUUAUGGUUGUUUUGUAAGCCUCAGUAUUUUUUUAAAUUGUAAUUUUAAUUAUGAAGUGCAUUUCUUUUAAUUGUUUAACUUAAAAUAUAUAAUUACUGCAGAUAAUAAAAUAUUAUAUAGGACUUUACCUAUUUAGGCUUCUAUAGUUUAGUGGACCAACGUGCUUUGAAAUGGAAGGUAUUUAUUUAUAUUGUUGUAAAUGAUAAACACUGUCAGUGGUGUGGCAAGGGAGGUACAAUACAGAGGUCUUCUAUGAUAGAGAGUAAAUAAAAAUCAUGAUUCGUAAAUAAAUUGUAGAAUUUUCUUCUUUUUCUUACCUAAUCCCACAAUGAGAACUUAAAACUGGAACCAAAAAAAGCCCAUUUUAAAUAGAUAAAUCAAAACUUUU